CAAGUAGAGAGCAGAAACUAUAGCAAAACCAACACCUGCAGUUUUUAGUGCACAGUGAUUGCUAGUGAUUGCGUUAGUUAAAAAAAGCAGAGUAUAAUACUUUACUCCUGAAAGAUAAUUUAUAAAUUAACAUUCAAAUGAGGUUAUCAAAAGUUACAACUCAACUUAUUCAUUCACAAUUAAAACUGUCAACAAAAGUGGUCUCAUAUCCUCCAAGAAUUAGUGCAAGUAGCCACAUCAUCUGUCACUAAAAAAAAAACAAGUAAAUAAAAAAAAUAAUGUCAAAAUCUUGACAAUUGUUAAAAAAAACAAGUAAAAAUAAAAGUAAAAAAAAGUGUUUGUUGAUAAACUGACAGGAAAAAAUGGCAGCAAUAUGGUUUGGAUUGUUGAUAAUUAUUGGAAAUAUUGUAUUACUAAUUGCGUAUGUACAAACAGAUGACUUGGAGUACAUGAGCCCGGAGGAGCGCGAGUCUCUGAAGGAGGAAGCGCGUGACAUGUUUUACCACGCGUACAACGCGUACAUGUCAAACGCGUACCCAGCGGAUGAAUUAAUGCCGCUGAGCUGCAAGGGCCGGUACCGAGGCUCCGAGCCUGACCGCGGAGACAUUGACUCUACUCUAGGAAACUUCUCGCUGACGUUAGUGGACACCCUGGACACUUUAGUGGUCCUCGGAGACCUGGAGGAGUUUGAGAACGCGGUCAAGCUGGUGGUCAAUGACGUCAGCUUUGAUACUGACGUUAUUGUCUCGUUAUUUGAGACCAACAUCCGCAUGCUCGGAGGACUCCUCAGCGGACACAUCCUCAGCGAGUAUCUCCAGGUGAGGGCUGAUAUUAUGCCCUGGUACCGCGGCGAGCUGCUGAAUAUGGCCAAGGACUUGGGGUACAGGUUUCUUCCUGCGUUCAAUACCACCACUGGGAUUCCCUACGGGAGGAUCAACCUCAGACACGGGAUGAAGAAUGUUCCUGCGGAUAUGUGCAGGGAAACUUGCACUGCUUGCGCCGGCAGCAUGAUAUUGGAGAUGGCUGCGCUGUCCAGGUUGACUGGCGAGGGAAUCUUCGAGGAAAAGGCCCAGAAAGCCAUGGACGCACUCUGGAAGAUGAGGCACCGUGGGACUGAUCUCAUGGGAUCGGUUCUCAAUGUUCAUUCUGGUGAUUGGGUCAGGAGGGACUCUGGCGUUGGUGCUGGGAUUGAUUCUUACUAUGAGUAUUGCUUGAAAGCUUAUAUUUUAUUGGGCGAUGAAAAAUAUCUCGGAAGGUUCAAUAAACAUUAUUCAGCUGUCAUGAAGUAUGUGAGUCAAGGUCCUAUGUUACUUGACGUACACAUGCAUCGGCCAAAUACUAAUUCUAAAAAUUUUAUGGAUGCGUUGCUGGCGUUCUGGCCUGGACUACAGGUAUUAAAAGGCGACAUAAAACCAGCAGUAGAAACCCACGAGAUGCUGUACCAAGUAUUACAACGUCACAAUUUUAUUCCUGAAGCAUUUACAACAGAUUUCCAAGUCCACUGGGGCCAUCAUCCGCUGCGUCCCGAGUUUUUAGAAUCAACUUAUUACCUCUACCGCGCGACUGGCGAUCAUUACUACUUGGCAGUUGGUCGCAAAGUAUUAAAAAGUCUUCAAACGUACGCCCGAGUACCCUGCGGUUACGCAGCAGUAUCUGACGUUCGUACCAACAAGCACGAUGACACUAUGGAGAGUUUUGUGUUGUCUGAAACGUUUAAAUAUUUGUAUUUACUCUUCGCUGAAUCCAGUGAUCUUGUUUUGGAUAUAGACGAGUUUAUAUUCACGACUGAGGGCCAUUUGUUGCCUCUUACGUUGGCUUCGCUUAGAACCAACGUGUCUUCUGAUAUAGAUAUUGAUACAGUUGAGUUUGAUGAAUUGGAUCGCACGUGUCCAAAUAGUUUGCACUUAUUUCCAGCAUCUGUCCGUAAACCUUUGCGCAAUAUGGUUGAAGAUGUAUGCCCUAGAAGAUCUAUGAGACGACGUAUAAGUGCUGCACAAUUUCAAGCAAAUAAUUUAGAUCAUCUUAAAAUAUUAAGUAAUAUGGGUAUUACUGUUCUAACAAUGGCCGACGGACGGAUGCAAUUAUUGCACACAUUUUCCAACGCUAAAACAAUGGAAGAUGCAGAGGAGGGUUUGAUGUUUAUGCAAGAAAUGGUUGAGUUGAACCGCAGACAGUCACAGGAAUCGGAUAAACAGCGAUUGGCAUUGACGAUAAAGCGGAAAGAUAUCAAUAAAGAUCUGACAUUACUUGGUGGUCCAGCGCAAUUUGGACUUCAAUUAACAGGGUCUGUAAAAGUUACCGGCAAGCCGGUAUUAACAGAGCCCAAAGAAGCCUGCAGCGAGUUGACGAAUGUUGAGAUGAUUAAAGGAAAUAUCGCUGUUAUAUUCCGGGGGAACUGUAUGUUUAUUGAAAAGGCAAGAAUGGUCGAGAAAGCCGGCGCUAUUGGUGGGAUUGUUUUGGAUACCGUAAUUGGAUCGACAAUAGAAUCAUCACCAAUGUUUGCUAUGUCAGGUGACGGUAUCACAAAAGAUAAUAUUAAAAUUCCAUUUGCAUUUUUAUUUAAUAUCCAAGCUAACGAACUUGUUCGAGCUAUCAGUGAGAGUAAUGGCGCUAUUACAGUCACAAUGGGCAAUUACGUCAAUGACGGAGUAGAAAAAAGUGAUUCCGACAAUUACCUGUCCAUGUUUGAAAGGCUUAAAUCAUCAGUGAAAGAAUUUUUGACGCGACCAUCGACGACUGAAAACACGCCCAAUACAAUCAGUGCGCCAGUGCUAGACAACAAAGAAGAAAUGAUAAUUGACAAAGAUCAUUUGCGUGCAAUAAUUCCCCAAGAAUCUGCGGUUAAGAACAAACAGAAUCGCGAUUUGGUUUUGUUUGCCAAAUUAAUGUUCAAUAAAAACUCGCCAUUAUUUAGUGCGACUCCACCGCCCUCUACAACAGAACUUUCAGCAUUUGAAAAAGGUUGGAAAGUGGUCAAGCAAUUUUUGAUCAAUCAAAUUUAUGUAAACACUAAAUUCCCGCCGUACCAAGUGAUUUCUGUUGGAAGAAUCGAAACUUACUACGACUGGAUUCAAAAAGAGCGCAACCCGAAAAGUCCAAUUAAAAGCGAGGAACUGAGCACGUUUGAACUGGUCACGUGGUUCAUUGACGAAUUAAGUGACACGUUACCUAAUUUUGAUAAGGCAGAUUCAUUUGGGAGCAUUUCUAAAGUUUCAAAGUCGCUGAUACAAAGAUUGAGUUCUUCUUCAAUCAGCAAAAAUGAUGUAAUUAAUAUCGACACCAAUGAAGAUAUUGAAGAUAAUGGCAAGGAUGAUAAAAAAUUGGUUAAUAUUAUGGAAACGUAUAAAAUUUAUGAUAAUUUGAUGGAAAAUAUUCAAGAUGUUUUGAAGAAUUUAAAAACUGAAUUUAGAAGCAAGAGUUUGGAUGAUAAUAGUAGUAAUGUUGGGAAUAAUAAUAAUGAUGAUGAUGAUGAUAAUUUGAUAGUUCCAAAUUACUCUAAUCAAACUAAUGAAAAUUCGGUAAAUGCUGAGGAAAAAAAAACGAGCGAUGAAAUUAAUAUAAAAAAUAACGUUAUUGAUAAUGAAAAUAAAGGUGAUGUGAGUAAUGAAGAAAUAGAUAAUAAUAAUAAUAAUAAUAAUCUAAUUACUAAAGAGAAUACGACAAAAAGUAACGAUGAAUUAUAACGUUACUUUUUUUAACUAGGUUAUUGUAUAUUAAUUACCGGAUUUUUUAUAAUAAGGUAAAAGCCCUAAUUAUUGACACUAUUAGAGAC